AGAUACAAACAGAAUGUCAAACCAACGUGGAGGUAAAAGCAAAAGAACGCCAGUAAAAAGAAUAUCUAACAAUAGUCGUACUACUGCUUGUUGGCGUUUAGCGUUUGGCAUGCAUUUACAUUUUGGAACCUUCAUUUGGUGGCAGUGGUGUUCAUUCUCUCGUAGGUGAGAAAUUGUCAAGUGUCAUUGCCACUGCUGCGUGGUCAGCGCCAAACCUUUUAUCCUGUCCAGGAUGUACCAUAAUUGAUUGAAAGAAUCCGGCUGUAUGUUUACUGAAUCGAAUGGAGGAAAUCUGCUUGGCUAACUUUAGGGUGUGCAGUGUAAUAAUUUGCUACUUCACCCAUUGUUGUCGUUUUCGUAGUAGAAGUGGUUUUGCUGUAUGGUGCGCGGUCCGAAAGUAAGUGUGUUUGUUGUGGGAAAAAACCAGCUGUGUCUGCCUGUCACAGCUGAGGGUCCGGAGCCAUUGGGUUGCAAACAGAAAUCAGACAGGACAAGCUACGUUAAGAAUUUGCAAACGCAUGAUAUUUUCGCCCAAGAAGUAGACAGCCUACGCCCUGUAAGUCAUGGCAAACAUUAAGAAACACUUUGGAUUUAAAGUCGGCGGCUGCGGUGGCGGGAUUUCCGGUGCGGGGGUAGGGUCAGUCGGAAUCCUGCAAUCGCCCCAAACUGCUAAUGGAGAACUUCUUCUUCCUGGAUUUUCGAAAUCGGCUUUUAUGAAUGAAGUGUCAUCACUACUUGAUCAUUGCGGUCUGUACGUGUCUGCGAUGAAUGAUUUCUGUACAUCUGGCUGCUCACUAGCAAAAUGCUUAGUCAAAGUGUUUCAUGCAGUUCCACUCUACCGGGAAACGGCAUCUACUCUUUUAGCCAACUGGGAGGAAAUAGCACAAACGACAGCAGCGGCCUCUGCAUCCGUAAAGACAGAAACAUUAAUGCAGCUGCAAGAUGUACUCACACGUCUCGAGGGACAGUCUAAAGAAGAUCGGGAGACCGAAUUAACGGAAUCUGUUCAUGCGGUGUCGUCCUGUCUUAUGGCUUACAUUGAACUGCAGGCCCAGUUUUCAUACUUGGUUUUUAAAGCUUUAGGUAAAUUGUCGCGCCAACAGGGCAGCCAGCAACAGAGUGGCUUUCUGAAGAAUAGUAGUCGGGCCGAAGAGGCCGUAAGGAAACAGUUUGCUCAAAUUAUUAAUCGGCUAACAGGUCCCUCAGUAAAAACACCCACAUCACCCAUGGCGACGUUAUCGACUACGCCGUCGACGCCACAAACACUUCCACAGGUCCCGAUAGGACAACACGCUGUAAUAACGACUAGUGCUUGUGGUAGCUCUGUUUGGCCAGCCGAAAUCCACCUGGCACCUAGUGGUGGGGAACUUUCCUCAGCAUUGCCUGAGUCUACACUCGCUUCUGUUUCAGAAGCAGAUGCAGAAGAUUCCGGACUUGACGAUGUCAUUAACCUUUUAUCAAUAGGUGGAGCAGCAACACCUGGACCUUCACCUGUUCCUUCUGGGCCGCCAAAAGUACCGCCGCGUCCAGACGCGUUGAGCCAAGAUGCCUUUCGUUUAAAACAACAACUUGGAGCUUCUCGAGCCGAGGUCGCAGUUUCCAAAAAAACGAGCGAGCCUGCUAUUACAUCAUGGUCGCCUUUCGCGCCCAGCCAAUGGGGCAACCCUGAGUGGUCGACUGAAGACUUAAGCAGUAAUUGGCAACAUUCUACAGGUUCUCAAUCGCAUCGAUCAUCAGAAACGGAAUCCGAUUCCAGUCGGCUUCAAUGGCAGACAGAUUUAGGAGUAGCCCCUGGAGCUGUUCCAGGAGCUACAGGAGCGAAAGAAAAGACGUCGACAUGGCCACGACCUCUUCGCGACCCGGCUGCGCCGUGGGAGUGGCCUGACAGGGAUGACAACGAUGAUGAACUCCUCACCCUUGAAGGCACAUCAAGAGAUACAGGAGAGCGAGCUGCCAAGACAUGCACCUGGCCCCUUAAAAUGGCUGAUGGAGCGUGGAGUUUGGAUCCGCGUGAAUAUUGGAGUAACAAGGAAAGUGUGCAGCCAGAGCUAUCAAGCCAUCGUGGGUGCCAUCCCGACAGAGUGGCGCCUCCCUGGGAGCGACCCAAAUCUCCUGAACAUCAGGCAUUUCAAUUAUUUAAUUCAAGAUAGAAACAAGUAGUAACAUAAGAACGACGUAUCGUAUUUAUUUUAUUUCCUACUAAGCCACCUUCCUGCCUUGUAUGUCUUACGACUAAGACAUCGCUUAACUCAAACUUAACUAUUUCUAUAUAUAUCCGUUAAUAUAAAAUUCCUGAAAAGCCAAAUAUUUGUUAAUGGAACAUUAGUUUUAUUACAUCAAAUGGACACACAUACUAACAGAGAAAAUACAGUUUGACAACGAUUUUUCAUAAAGUGACCACCUUCGUUAAAUCAUAAUUUAGACAAAAAAUAAGAGAACGAUAUUUUUCGGGAAGUACCAAUUUCAGUAGAAAUCCUGAUCGCAAAGAUCGUGUAAAGAUAAAUUACAGACUAAAGUACGAUCAAUGUAGACGGCUUGCGCUAAAUUUCUGAUACUUAGCCUGAGCUGUUAAACAAAAUAUUAAGCUAGUAAUGAGAGAAUGUUUUUUUUUUAAUUCGAUUUUUAUUUUUUAUUUCAAAGAGGAUCACAGUAAUAGGCAGAUCUUGAAACAAACGAAUAAAUCAUCAAUUGAAUAUUGACAAGCAAAGCAAAUUUUGGCGGGCAAUAAAGUUUCCGGCAGUACACUGUUCUGUUUGAAUGUACAAGUUCCUACGACUUGUUUGCAAAUGUCGAGCUAGUCAAAACCAGAAAAGAAAUGACGAAAUAUUUUCGUCACGUUGGAGACAAAGUAAUUUUGAAGUCAAUAUUUAUAUUGUUUAUUUUUUUCCGUUAUGCCGUUUUUUAAAAAUUUCCAUAUACAAAAGUUUUCAUGCGUUAUAUAUGGAACACUAAAAUUUGUAAAAUGAUUUGUAAUUUAAUAACUUACUUCAAAACUAGGUUUCGCCUCCUUUACGCACGGUAAAAAAUGCUAUUUUUUUGUUCUCCUUAACAUUUUGUUCUCCUUUGAGCAACAUAAAACGUAAGGAUUGAUAACAAAUAAAAAUAGGCGGCGUAUAUAUAUAUACCAACAUUCCUGCUGCCCAUAACAAACGCCAUAUUGUACCUCUAACGGAAUAUAUACUGUGUUCUAAAUGUAUAUAGUAAAUUUCCAAUUGAACCUAGUGUUCAAUAAAAAAAAAUAUUGCUAAUAAAAUGUGACACCAGAGCGUGAAUAUCUUUUUCAUCUACCUCAUUAUUAGUAUUAGGUAUACAGUGG